AUUUUCACCACAAUUUAACAAAAUCACAAGAACAAGAAUGAACAGCGUAGCAUACCUGCCAUUGUUCGCAGCCAGCGUAGGUACGAAGCUAACCACAGCGUUCAGCAACAAAAAGAAAAUACAGCCGAUUAGAUCCAUGAGAGCUGUUGUUCAGAGAGUCGCCUCUGCAAGCGUCGAGGUCGAUGGCCGCACCGUUUCAGAGAUUGGGCCGGGCCUCCUUGUGCUCGUCGGCCUUCAUGAUUCCGACUCCGAAUCCGACGCCGAAUACAUAUGCCGUAAGGUCCUAAAUAUGAGGCUGUUCCCAAAUCAGAGUACCGGCAAAGCUUGGGACUUAAACGUAAUGCAGAAAAACUACGAGGUUCUAUUAGUUAGUCAGUUUACACUGUAUGGAAUGUUGAAGGGCAACAAGCCGGACUUUCAUUUGGCAAUGCCUCCCCAAAGAGCCAAACCCUUCUAUGCUUCUGUGGUCGAGAGGUUCGGUAAAUACUACACCCCAGAUGCGAUAAAAGAUGGAGUGUUUGGAGCAAUGAUGAAGGUCAAUUUGGUGAAUGAUGGCCCAGUCACAAUGCAGAUCGAGUCCCAACCGUCUAAGAAUAUAGUUGAAGCUUCAGAAGGCUCGUAAUAGGUUACUAUUGAAUUCUACAAUUUAAGAUCUGGCAGCGAUUCUUUGUCGGCUUACAAGCUGAAGAUUUGCUCGAUGGGAUGACAGAAUUCUUUUCAUCUAAUAAGUGGAAAUGUCCUUUCGUUGGUGCUAUCUACUAAUUUCUACCAGUUGGCUGUGGGGUUGUGUGCUGAUCUACUCCUAUGACAAUAUCGAAAUUUGUUUCUCGUACCUUCCGAUUUUAGAGAUCAGAGAGCCGCAAAGGCUUUGCUAAGAACCUUUGAUUGGCUUUAGACCUAUUCAAUUCUAAUCCUCGGUGCUUAAACUUACAAAUGUCAGCAAAAUCCAGACUCAAUAACCAGUA